AUGUGUUCAAUAAUAUAUGAAGAAGCAAAGAAUUUUGCAUUGAUAGUUGAAGCUGAAAAUGAUCAAAGAUCAGCUGAGAUGAAAAGUGUUACUGCAAUGAAAAACCUUGAUCGAUAUUAUCAAAGUAAAAGUGGAGUCGUAAAUAAUAAUGUUUUGGAUGAUGACUAUAAUAUGAUCUAUAAUGUAAUGAAUGCAUAUUUUGGUGAUAAUAAAAACCAGGAAUGUGAAAUAAAUGAAGAAUGUUAUAACAAACCUAAUGAUAUUGGGUAUAGCAAUAGUAUAAUCAACAAAGCGGAAACCAUUGAAAAUAAAGAAGACUUAGAAGGUGAAGUUGAAAAGGAGAUGAACAGUGCUAAUAAUAUGAAUAAAGCUAGUAGAUGCUAUUAUAAGAGUAUUGAAGCCAAAAUAAACAAUGAAAUCAAAAUGGCUAAGCCCAAAGAGUUAAUUGAUGCAACUUGGAAAAGCAAAGUAGAUAAUAUAAACAAAGAUGUGAAGAUCAUCGAAAGUGGUACCAAAACCUUGGAUAUUGGUGAUUGUGAAGCAACAGUGAAAUCAGAUUUAGUGUUUGUGGAAAAAAUGAUAUUGUUUAUUGCAAUAUUGAUGUUUGUUGUCAUAAUAGAACCUAAUGUGAAUAGUUAUGCUGGUCUAGGUUGUAAUCAAAAG